AUGAGCUCCUACUUCGUCAACCCCCUGUUCUCCAAAUACAAAGGCGGCGAGUCCCUGGAACCGGCCUAUUACGACUGCCGGUUCCCUCAGAGCGUGGGCAGGAGCCAUGCGCUGGUGUACGGGCCCGGCGGCUCGGCGCCCGGCUUCCAGCACGCCUCGCACCACGUCCAAGACUUCUUCCACCACGGCACCUCGGGCAUCUCCAACUCGGGCUACCAGCAGAACCCGUGCUCGCUGAGCUGCCACGGAGACGCCUCCAAAUUCUAUGGCUACGAGGCGCUCCCCAGACAGUCCCUUUAUGGGGCUCAGCAAGAGGCGAGCGUGGUGCAAUAUCCCGACUGUAAAUCCUCCGCCAACACUAACAGUAGCGAAGGACAAGGCCACUUAAAUCAAAACUCGUCUCCCAGCCUCAUGUUUCCAUGGAUGAGACCCCACGCUCCGGGGCGGCGCAGCGGAAGGCAAACUUACAGCCGGUAUCAGACCUUGGAACUAGAAAAGGAGUUUCUCUUUAAUCCUUAUUUGACACGAAAGCGCCGGAUUGAAGUCUCUCACGCCCUGGGACUGACUGAGAGACAAGUGAAGAUCUGGUUCCAGAACCGAAGGAUGAAGUGGAAAAAGGAGAACAACAAGGAUAAACUGCCCGGAGCCCGAGAUGAAGAGAAGGUGGAGGAAGAAGGAAACGAGGAAGAAGAGAAAGAAGAGGAGGAAAAGGAAGAAAACAAGGACUAAGCAAAAAAGAGAGGAACCCCCCCCCCCCCUUAGCAACUCCCUUGAAGUUUCGUUUUAUGGUAGCGGAUAAAUUGAGAAGUUUACGACUGUCAUUUGCUUUUAUAGAGAAUAGAAUGACACUCACAACUCUAACUACCUGUCAGAUACUUGCAGCUCUGGUUUUAUUACCUUUGGACUUCCCCCGAUCUUUAUUUGUUUGGGGGCUGGAGGGGGGAAGACUGAGACACAGCGAAAAGUUCGGACUCUGUCUCAGUCGUUGCCCCAACACACACACUUGUCCCUACCCCCACCCUUCGGAGUACUGCCUGGAUUUUGAGGUCUGAGACCUGGCCUCUUUGGCCCUCUCACCCCUUCUUGCCUCUCUCCCACCUCCCUGCUUCUCUGGUAUUUAUUUUAGAGGGGAGCCCUCUCAAAAUGCAGAAGAAGACCUGAGGCUUUGUUUUUAUGCU